UAAGGCAGGCAGGUUCAUUCAUCGAAAAAAGAAAAAAUUUAAAAGAGAUACAAAUACAAAUACUAUAAGCAGGUUCUCCCUCUUCUUUUUUUGUUUUUUUUUUUAAAAAAAAAUUCUCUCUCCCAGAAACUCUUACCCGAAGGAAAAAAAAAAAAAAAAAAAAAGAAGAGAAAAUAAAAAACAACAUGAAAGAAGAGAAAAACAACCUUCAUUACAACCACCCAAAGAAAGCUAAAGUGGUGGGCUUUAGACUGGUUAGACCCAUUGCAAUUUUCAGCCUGCUAUUCCUCACCUUCUCCUUGGGCUACUUCUCUUCCAACUCUUUUUCUACUCAACCUUCUUAUUCCUCAGACCCAUUAGUCCAAGAUGCGGCUAAUUUUCCCGAAUACUUCCGAGUCACCAGCAAAUGCGGCGACCCGAUUCCUUCGGACGCCGUCCGGCAAACCAUCCUCGACGGAGUUUUUAACUCCAUUUCACCAUACGACAACUUCCCUCCCCCGUAUGUUGGAAACCGCCUGCGUCCCGUUAAAAUCAGAGGAUGGGGCUCCCGCGGAGCAGUCUUCGAGAAUCUCAUCCGGAAAGUCAGGCCCAGGACCAUCAUCGAGGUGGGCUCAUUUCUUGGUGCGUCGGCCAUUCACAUGGCCCAGUUAACCCGCCAACUUGGGCUAGAGACCCAAAUCAUUUGUGUGGACGACUUCCGAGGCUGGCCCGGGUUUCUUGACAGCUUCAAGGACAUUGGGAUGGUAAACGGCGACGUGUUGUUGCUGCAACAGUUCAUGCAGAACGUAGUGUAUCACAAUGCAACGGAGUCGAUUUUACCUGUGCCGUUUACGAGCGGGGCGGUCCUUGAGAAGCUGUGCGAAUGGGGCAUAUUCGGGGAUUUGAUCGAAGUGGAUGCGGGUCAUGAUUUUCACUCAGCAUGGGUCGAUAUAAUCCGGGCCCAUCGUAUUCUGAGGCCCGGUGGGGUACUUUUCGGCCACGAUUACUUCAAUAAAGCCGAUAAUUAUGGAGUGAGAAGAGCGGUGAUUCUCUUUGCUCGGGUUCAUGGUCUCAAAAUUCGAGCUGAUGGCCAACAUUGGGUCAUUGACUCCUCGUGAAGUAAACUCACUCUAAAUUCAUAGUUCCAAGUUUUCAAAAUGUGCACGAUGGUAAAUAAAGAGCAACUCGUUUGCCUUUUUUUUUCUUC